AUGGGGACACGCUUGUACCGUCGCCUUGUUGGCCGCUGCGUUGGCGUUGCGGUGUGCAGCAGUGCUGCUGCGACGGCUGUUGUGAUGCUUCCGCCGCGCGAAUCCCUGCCGGCGCCGCUGCUGCCCACACGUGUGCUGCUUGAGGGUGUUGGCCGUGUCUGCCGCUGCGCCUACGUUGGUGGCUGCAUCCUUGUCGAUUACCAGUGGAGCCUGCUCGGGAGUGCCGCUGCCGAGUCGCAGGAGGCGUGGAAUGAGGUGCACCUCCGCAGCGCCACCCGCCUCGUCACGCUCGCCGAAACGAACGGCGGCCUGUACGUCAAGGCAGGGCAGAUAUUCGCCAACAUGAGCCACAUUCUGCCGUUGCAGUACUGUACCACCAUGGCGGCGCUGCAGGACGCGGUGAUGACGCGUCCCUUCUCGGAGGUGGUGGCGACGCUCGAGCGCGACUUCGGUCGUCCUAUUGGAGACGUCUUCGAGACACUCGACCCGCGGCCACUCGCUGCGGCCUCACUUGCGCAGGUGCACCGCGGCACCCUCAAGGAGGACGGCACGGAGGUGGCGGUGAAGGUGCAGUACAUUGACGUUGCGCAGCGCUUCCGAGGGGAUAUGCGGACGAUUCAGUUGAUGCUUGGCGUCGCCGGCUUCUUCUUUCGUGGCUACGACCUCUCGGAGAUCGUCGCGAAGCUGAACAACACGGUGGCGAACGAGCUGGACUUCACGCUGGAGGCGAGUAACUGCGAGCGGGCGUCUCGGGAUUUAAAGGCCGGUGGCUUCGGCGACCGCGUCAUCACGGCGGAGGUGGUGCGCGAUUACACGACGCGGCGCGUGUUGACCACGCGGUUGGUAGCGAACGCGGCAAAGAUGUCGGACCGCAGUCGCAUGGAGGCGCUUGGCAUCGACCCGCGGACGGUCGCCACGUGGCUCUACGACGCGCUGUCGUACCAGCUGUUUGUCACCGGAUUCGUGCACGGCGACCCGCACGCGGGGAACAUUCUUGUGCACCGGCUUCCGAACGGACAGCCGCAGGUGGUUCUGCUGGACUUUGGCCUCUGCACGGAGCUCUCAGACGAGCUGCGCGUCGAGCUGGCCGCCAUCUGGACAUCCGCAGUCUCCCACGACACGCCGACACUGAAGCGCAUUGCGGAACGGUUUGGAUGUGACGACUACGCACUGUUUGCAUCUUGCUUCUUGCAGCAUCCGUACGAGUACUAUAGCGUCGGGUCACGCGUUACGACAAAGGCCACACAAGAAUUGAUGCGUGAGCAAGUGCGGAGCAAGAUGCAGGAGGUAAACGAUAUCGUAUCGCGUCUGCCAAAGGAGUAUGCGCUGGUGCUGCGCAAUAUAAUGGCAACUAAGGCAAUUAAUAGAGAGUUGUGUGAGCCCGUCAAUCGACCACUGCGCAUGCUGCGGUACUCUGCGCUUGUUGCAAGUGGGCCAAAGUCGCAGUGGCGUGUAUUCUGUAUACUACUGCGCGCGUGGUGGGCGGAGACAGUUUCGUCGCUGUUGCUGUGGUACGCCACGUGGCGCCAUCCAGAACUUAUGCAGGCAUUUGAUGACACUUUGCAUAUUCAACUCAGCGGUUAG